AUACGGGCAUGGGAAACUUCAAAGUGAGAAAAGACACGGGCAAGACCGGGAGGAGGGAGCGAGUGAAAGAGGCUUCUGUGUGUGUUUGUCGCUCAUGACCUUCUCAAAAUGGCCGCUGCCACGUACCAAUCCAGACGAGUCCCGGGACAGGGAUGACCUCAGUGCCAUGGCUGAUCUAAAUAUGGCCGCUUGGCUGUGUAACUGCCUUCUCUCAGCAGAUCAGAGCAGGAUGGCCUUUCUGCAUGUUGUAGGCUAGUUCAUUUGUUUUGAAUGAGUAAAUCAGUGAGUGAAUUUGUGCCUAGUAUGUGCAGAAUGUGUGUCUGGAUAGUGUAGAUAGUAAGCCACUCAGUCAGCUAGCCAAGGUUUUUGGUUCUUCAGUUGAUCAAGUCAGUUUUUAAUCAGUGACUUAGUGAAAUAGUCGCUUGUUUUUUUCAGCUUUUCAACUCUUGGCUGGUGACGGCUCGCUGUGCCUGCCAUCUACAGCAUCCGCAGUCAGUUUGUUAACAGUUAGUGGGGUAAUUAUUAUUUGGAGCUGUCGCUGGCUCCCAUCAGUGCUCAGUGUCCAGUAACGUGAUCAUCCAGCCUGGGAAACAUAGCAUGACGCUCCGACAGGCGUAGUCAGGCCUGCGCUCAGCUCACAGGCACUUCACUCAAAAUGUCUUAUACCUACCAGUGGCUGGAUGUGCCAUGGGGAGAUGGAGACAUGGGGUCCUGGGCCGAUCGCUCCCCUCUCCAUGAAGCAGCUUCUCAGGGUCGUCUGCUCGCCCUGCGAACCCUGCUGGCCCAGGGAUACCAUGCCAACAUUGUCACCAUUGAUCAUGUGACACCUCUCCACGAAGCCUGUCUAUCGGACCAUGUAGCCUGCGUCAGAGCAUUAAUACAUGCUGGAGCAAAUGUGAAUGCUGCUACCAUCGAUGGUAUAACGCCACUGUACAACUGUAGUUCAUCUGGGAGUGUCGGCUGUAUGCAACUGUUACUGCAGAAUGGAGCGCGCACACGCACCACACACACACACCAUCCCUCUGCUCUGCACGAAUCCUGCAAGAGAGGUCACAGUGAGUGUGUACAGUUACUGCUGUCCUACGGAGCCGAUCCAGACUAUGAAGUAUCCCACCUGGGCUCCCCUCUUUACAUGAGCUGCCUGCACCAGCACACAGCCUGCUCCCAGAUACUGCUGCACAGAGGAGCCAGUGUUGGUGUCGGUAGAGGAGGUGACAGUCCUCUCCAUGCAGCAGUCAGACACGACAGUGCUGAUCAGGUUUCGCUGUUGUUGGACUACGGAGCUGAUAUCAACCUGAGAGACAGCAACAACCAGCGGCCUGUGGAGCUAGCGCCUCCUGGAGGCAAGACACAACAACUUCUGCAGGCAUAUGAAGGGUGUCCUAGGAGUCUUCGCCAGUUGUGUCGCAUUCAGAUAAGGAAUCUGAUUGGACGAUCCAGACUGAAGCUUCUCCCCCUCUUACCACUCCCUCCCUUGCUCACACACUACUUGCAGCACACAUAGACACAUACACUCACAGCAUGACGGUGAUGUCCUGAAACUCAGAUGCCAUUAUUUUAACACUGAAUGUUAUUAUCCAUAUUUCCCUGUAACACAUCAUCACCAGCGUUUGGUUUACCGUGAUGUAGAUAUGAGUGGAUCAUCAUUAUACACUUAAGACUGGGUUGAUCCAGUCUGGCCAUACAGUAUACUGACCUCUCUGAUAGCAUAAUUGCCACAAUAGUGGCGUAUUUAAACACUUAUUUAAUAUGUGACUGAAGUUUUUUGUCCCUUUGAAAUGAAACUGACUGAUUGUUUGAGUGGUGGUAACAACUUUGCAAUGCCUUUAACUCUAUAAAUGGUUUGUGUGGUUUGUCUUGUGUUAGUGUUGGCCUGCAGGAAUCUACAUGUGAAUAGCAAUGAUUUGGGUAAAAUCAUUAGGGUAAAAUGGCAUUGCCACCGUGAACUGUCCAGCAUUCUAAAAAUAAGCUUUCACAGGGCCUCCGGUCUCAUAGUCAUGAAUAUGAAGUAGGCUAAGACCAAUUCCAGAUAUUGGGUUUUUUGACUGAUAUGCUCCAGUUUGAUUGAUUACAUGAUUAUUAUGAAAUUGAUUAGUAGUGUGCAGGUUGUCUGAGUUGUCAUGGUCGUAUCAUUAAAUGCAUCCCAGUCUUUGUUAAUACUACUGAAUAUUGUGUUUGCAUUGUCACAGUGUCUAUAUCGUUUCAUUGUAAAUAAUAAUUUAUUGUUAAAUGACUAUUGUGGCUAAAUAUGAAGGCAAAAUGAAAUUAAUAAAAAAUAACUACACUGAACAUUCA